AUGGUAGCCGACCGGACGCCAAAGCAGGAGCCUACCGGGCCCGUGGCCCCACAGGCCCGACCGGGGCCUCAAAGGCCCGGGCAGCUCCCGCCUCCGCGCAGCAGCUGGCACGCCGUCAGCGUCGCUGCCCCAGUCCAAGCCGCUCCCCUGCCUCCCCAUACAGAGGGCGUUGCGGUCGCGCCGGAGCCGACCCGCAAGGACCCAGAAGGGGCCCUACGGGCCCAGAUCUGGGCCGGGGACGCGCCACCGGCCGCUCAGCACCACCAGAUCGCCCCGCCGCCAAGAGGUGGCACCACCACGGCGAGCGCCGCCGGCCUCCGCCACCAGGACACCGGACCGCCACCGGCCGAGCACCACUGCCGCCUCCCCCCACCCCGGGAAGGAGGAGCAUGCGCGGGUAAGGGACGGCCCGCCGCCGCCGGCACCACGGCGGCGGGAGGGAAGGACGGAGGGAGGGCGGACGAGGUGGAAGGAGGCGCGCGCCGCCCCGGCCGCCUCCCGGGGAGACGGCGGAGGCAGCCAGACGGGGAGGAAGGGAGAGGGGCGGGGGGGAGGCGGGAAGGGGGGCCCGCGCCGGGGGCCGGCGGCGGCAGGAAGGGUCUAGGGCCCGCCGGCGGCGGGGGAAACCCUAGCGGGAGCGGGCUUCGACGGUAG